UUAAUUAAAAAACAACACAAAAACACAAAAAAACUUUACUUCCUCCAUAGAGUUGAAGAAUGGAUUUAUUGGAGUUGAACAAAUUUAUGGUUCUUCUGUGGAAGAAUUUUAUUUUAAAGAAGCGGCACAUUGUUGGUAUAGUUGUGGAAAUCAUCCUGACAUUACUGUUUGCCGGCGUGAUUUUGUUUACACGCAGGAUUAUGGAUCUACAGAAGAUUGGGCCUUUCAGGUACCCUCCUCAGCGUGUUGAUGAGUUGCCUGCAUUCCUCAAACGCGUCCCCUCUUUUGGUCUGUGGGAAUUGGCUUUCGUGCCUUCCAAAAGUGUUGUGGUGAAGAAUAUCGUUGAAACUGUGAAAAAGAAUUUAAACUACAAUUUUAAAGUUCAAGGCUUUUCCUCAGAAAGAGACUUUGAAGCUUAUGUUCGGAGAGAGAAUAACUCUGAAAGAGUGAUGGUUGCUUUUGUUUUUGACCAUGAGUUCCAAAACAGCCAUGAUCCUCUGCCACUUAAGGUGAAAUAUUAUCUGCGUUUUAGUAGUUUUCAGAGGAAUGGGAAUGUGAAUUACCUCCGACCUGGAAGCUGGGAAACAGAUGCUCUCUUUCCAGAGUCUCCUGCUAUAGGACCCAGAAAUGCAUAUGACCCAAGUGGGGGGAGUCCUGGGUACAUCACUGAAGGGUUCCUGCUUAUGCAACAUACCUUGGAUAAGGCCAUCAUGGAAUAUCAUAACCCCAUCGCUGCAAGAGUCCUGUUCAGUAAUGUUCAAGUAUUUGUUCAGAGGUUUCCAUACCCGAUAUAUUAUCAUGACUACUUCUAUAACUUCUUUGGUAUUUUCCUGCCUUUAGUAAUCUUAUUUAUCUUCAUUGUGAAUCAUCUUACCCUCAUUCAGUCUAUUGUGUGGGAAAAGGAAAAUCAAUUGAAGGAGUACCAGCUCAUGAUAGGACUCAGUACCUGGAUGCUCUGGGCUGCCUAUUUCCUCACGUUCCUCACUCUGUAUUUGAUCACCAUCUUUUUUAUGUGCCUAAUUUUCUUUGCCAAGAUGAAACCUGUGCCGAUCAUCCAGUACAGUGACCCAUCUGUCAUUUUUGUCUUUUUGCUGUGUUUUGCUAUCGCCACGAUAUUCUUCACCUUUAUGGUCAGCACAUUGUUCAAUAAAGCACAUUUUGCUGUAUCUGUUGGAGGUUUCAUUUAUUUUGCCACCUACUUUCCAGCUAACAGUGUCGCUUCAAAUUACCAUCGGAUGACACUCACCCAGAAGCUGGCUUCCUCUCUUAGCUCAAAUAUUCUAAUGGAACUGGGAACUAAAUUCCUUGUCAGGGCAGAAGUAGACAAAAUUGGACUUAAAUGGAGUAACAUCUUCUCACCAGUCACAGUGGAGAACUUUGUCUUUGUCUACAUACUGGGAAUGUUUCUAUUUGAUGCUGUCUUGUAUGGUCUCGUGACCUGGUACAUCGAAGCAGUCUUUCCGGGGGAGUAUGGUGUGCGCAAGCCAUGGAACUUUUUUUUGCUGCGCUCGCACUGGUGUGGGGAAAAACCAAGGACAAAAGAUGAAACACAGCAAUUUUACAAGACAAUUGAAAACAAAUAUUUUGAAGCUGAACCUACUGAUUUGGUGGCAGGUAUCCAGAUCCAACAUUUGUACAAGGAAUUUCGAGUGCAUAAUACUACCAAAGUAGCUGUAGAAGACUUGUCUUUGAAUUUAUAUGAGGGUCAGAUCACUGUUCUUCUAGGACAUAACGGGGCAGGAAAAUCUACUACUCUGUCUAUUCUCUCAGGUCUCUAUCCUGCUUCCAGUGGAGAGGCCUAUGUUAACGGAUAUGCCAUCUCAAAGCAUAUGGACCAGGUCAGGAAAAGCUUGGGCCUGUGUCCCCAGCAUGACUUGCUGUUUAGUUACUUGACAGUAUCAGAACACCUUCAUUUCUACUGUGGGUUAAAAGGAGUCCCUCAAAAGAUGCACCGUAUGGAAGCUGACCGCAUGCUGUCCACUUUUAACCUGCUAGAAAAGCGAAAUGCAUUUUCAAAGUCACUGAGUGGAGGAAUGAAGCGCAAACUCUCCAUCAUUAUAGCACUGAUAGGGGGCUCCAAGGUGGUGAUACUUGAUGAGCCCACUGCUGGCAUGGACCCAGCCUCAAGGAGGGACACCUGGGAUCUCCUUCAGCAGUGUAAACAGGAUCGUACCAUCUUACUGACCACCCACUACAUGGAUGAAGCUGACACCCUGGGUGACCGCAUAGCCAUCAUGGUGAAGGGAUCCUUGCGAUGCUGUGGCUCUUCACUUUUCCUCAAAAAAAUAUAUGGUGUGGGAUACCACAUAACCAUGGUGAAGGGACCUCAUUGUAAUGUUGAAGAAAUCUCCAAAUUGAUAUGUCAUCAUAUAUCAUCAGCCACUUUGGAGAAGAAUGUUAGCAAUGAAUUAUCGUUUGUUCUACCCAAAGAGUACACACACAGCUUCGAAGCUCUGUUUACUGAUCUGGAAAAGAGACAGAAAGAGCUGGGCAUUACUAGCUUUGGUGCAUCUGUCACUACCCUGGAAGAAGUCUUCUUUAGGGUCAGUAAUAUGGAAGAUGCACAAACAAACAUCCUACCUGUCCAACCUCAACCGCUCUCUCCGAUCAGUGAAGCCUCAGUCGAGAACCAGAAUACGAAUAUGUCCAGAAAUGCGGGAGCAGAUUCUUACACUGUGAAUGAAAGCCCUGAUAUUACGUUUAACACUGGGUGUACCCUCUACCGCCAGCAGUUCCGCGCCAUGUUCAUCAAGAGGGUCAUAUUCAAUUGGCGCAACUGGAAGCUCCUUCUCCUGCAGAUCCUGGCGCUUACGGGCUCGCUUGCCUUACUCUCACGGACUGACUGGCUUUUGUUCAGUUACAGUGAGCAUGCCAGGCAAAUGAACUUGAGUGAAUAUGGUCAGACCAUUGUGCCUGUAUCUGUUUCUGGGGAUCCUAAUGUGACUCAAAUUUUCUUAAAAUCUCUAAAAAGUAUGCUAGAGUCUGACAACCACACAAUUAAGGAAGUAAAAGGUGGCCUACAGCAAUAUUUCGUGAAAGCUGAAGAGUGCAUUCACUUCUGCAUUGUUGCAUUUUCCCUUGAGGUGAAUAAAGGUGAAAUAAUACUUACUGGUCUGUUCAACAAUCAAGCAUACCAUUCACCAGCCCUGACCCUGGCCAUUUUAGACAAUAUUCUUUUCAUGUUAAUUUCUGGCCCUAAUGCUUCCUUAACAGUCUCCAAUAAACCUCAGCUACCCUCUGCUGAUAAGAAAGAGUUUCCGGUCGAACAGGCGGUGGCCUUAAAUAUACAUUUUGGCAUGGCUUUUUUGGUCAGUGGCUUUUGUCUCUUGACAGUGACUGAGAGAAUCUCUAAGGCCAAGCACAUCCAAUUUGUGAGUGGGGUCUGUGUCCUUGUGUACUGGCUCUCUGCUCUACUGUGGGACCUGGCCAUCUUCUUCGUUGCCUGCUGCUUACUACUGGUGAUGUUCAAAAUCUGCAAAUUCAACGUGUAUCUCACAGAUUACCACUUCCUGGACACAAUGCUGGUCUUCAUGCUGUACGGCUGGUCUGCCGUUCCCCUCAUGUAUCUGCUGAGCUUCCUGUUUUCUAAAAGUUCUUCUGCCUACAUCAAACUUGUGAUGUUCAACUACCUUUCAGGCAUUCUGAGUCUCUUGAUGGAUGCUGUAUAUAGUAAUAGCGUUAGAACGAUACUAUCAAAUACCACCAGAACCUUCACACGUAGGUCAUUACUACUCCUUCCCAAUUACAACUUGGCAAAGUGUAUCAGUAACUAUUAUGCUUUCUACCUGGUGAAACCAUGGUGCCUUGCGGGAGAGACUGCUGAGGACUUGCACUGUGCUAAAAAAAGGUCCUCAAAAAAUAUUUAUUCUUUGGAAGACCAAAUGAUUGGAAAGUACUUAAUUAUGAUGGGUACCAUAGGCCUUCUUUGCCUUCUCUUGAUUUUCUUUCGGGAGACGGCUUGGUGGAAGCUAAGAUCAUUUCUCAAUCAAUAUAUUUAUUUUGGCCUCUAUAAGAUGUUCAACAAGGGAAAACUGUCUAAGGAAUUAUCUGGAGAACAUGAAGAUGAGGAUGUAGGAAAUGAAAGAAAGCGAAUUCUGGGGCACCCUCAGGAGAUGAUGAGUUCCGCAAUACUUAUUAAGAAGCUCACAAAGAUAUAUUUUAAGUAUCCAGUCAUUCUGGCUGUGAAAAAUAUCUCCGUAGCAAUCCAAAAGGGGGAGUGCUUUGGAUUGCUGGGAUUCAAUGGAGCUGGAAAAACUUCUACCUUCCAAAUUUUGACUGGAGAAGAGACUGCUACCACUGGGCAUGUGUUCAUUGAUGGCAUUUGCAUCACCAAAAAUAUCCAAAGGGUGAAGUCAAGAGUUGGUUAUUGCCCUCAAUCGGAUGCCUUGCUGGAAUACUUGACUGGUCGGGAAAUAAUGAUCAUGUAUGCCAGAUUAUGGGGAGUCUCUGAGCCCCAGAUUCAGCUAUAUGUGAGCAAAUGGUUGAAUUCACUGCAACUGGAGUCCCAUGCUGACAGGAUUAUCAAAACCUACAGCGGAGGAAACAAACGCAGGCUGAGUACUGCUAUCGCCCUGAUGGGAAACCCCGCCGUCAUUUUGCUGGACGAGCCCACAACGGGCAUGGACCCGGUGGCCCGGCGCCUGCUCUGGGAUGCUGUGAUGCAGGAGCGGGACAGCGGGAAGGCCAUCGUUAUAACCUCCCACAGAAUGGAGGAAUGUGACGCCUAUUGCACGAGGCUGGCCAUCAUGGUGCAGGGAAAGUUCGUGUGCCUGGGCAGCCCUCAGCACCUCAAGAACAAGUACGGCAGCAGUUACAUCGUGAAGAUCAAGGCCAAGGCUGAUACGCAGGAGCACAAAUUAAACGACUUAAAAAACUUCUUCACAAUAACGUUCCCAGGUAGCGAAUUAAAGCAGGAGAACCACGGGAUCCUUAGCUACUACAUUCCCAGCAAGGACAACAGCUGGGCAAAGGUGUUUGGUAUUUUGGAGGAAGCUAAAGAACAAUUCGAUUUAGAAGAUUAUUCUGUCAGUCAGAUAACACUGGAACAAGUCUUCCUGACCUUUGCUAAUGCAGAGAACAAAGGACUUGAUGACUACAAAGAGGUGCUAUGAGAUUCAGUUUCAACCCGUGACCUACGUCUUCUUAGGCUACUCUCUGCUACACCUGG